AUGUUAUCAAAACUGUACUUCCAAAAAAGUGAAUACCAGGAAGCACAAGCAGUCCUCAAAAUUGCACUCUGCGUUUACAAAGAAAUCGAAGACAAAGACGGAGAAGCGACAUGCUACGUAAACCUAGGAGCUGUGUUUCUAUCUGUCGGAGAAUAUGCCAAAGCUGAAGAAUAUCUUCAUAAAGCACAUACCAUCAACACAGAAAUUGGCAACAGAGUAGGAGAAGCGUCAUGCUACGGAAACCUAGGAGCUGUGUUUCAAUCUGUCGGAGAAUAUGCCAAGGCUGAAGAAUAUCUUCAUAAAGCACUUACCAUCAACACAGAAAUUGGCAACAGAGUGGGAGAAGCGUCAUGCUACGGAAACCUAGGAGCUGUGUUUCAAUCUGUCGGAGAAUAUGCCAAGGCUGAAGAAUAUCUUCAUAAAGCACUUACCAUCAACACAGAAAUUGGCGACAGAAACGGAGAAGCGACAUACUACGGAAACCUAGCAACCGUGUUUCCAAAUGUAGGAGAAUAUGGCAAGGCUGAAGAAUAUCAUCAUAAAGCACUUACCAUCAACACAAAAAUUGGCGACAGAAAGGGAGAAGCGACAUGCUACGGAAACCUAGGAAAUGUGUUUGAAUCUGUCGGAGAAUAUGGCAAGGCUGAAGAAUAUCUUCAUAAAGCACUUACCAUCAAGACAGAAAUUGGCGACAGAAACGGAGAAGCGACAUGCUACGGAAACCUAGGAAAUGUGUUUCAAUCUGUCGGAGAAUAUGCCAAGGCUGAAGAAUAUCUUCAUAAAGCACUUACCAUCAACACAGAAAUUGGCGACAGAAACGGAGAAGCGACAUGCUACGUAAACCUAGGAAAUGUGUUUCAAUCUGUCGGAGAAUAUGCCAAGGCUGAAGAAUAUCUUCAUAAAGCACUUACCAUCAAGACAGAAAUUGGCGACAGAAACGGAGAACCGACAUGCUACGGAAACCUAGGAAAUGUGUUUCAAUCUGUCGGAGAAUAUGCCAAGGCUGAAGAAUAUCUUCAUAAAGCACUUACCAUCAACACAGAAAUUGGCGACAAACACAGAGAAGCGACAUGCUACGGAAACCUAGGAGUUGUUUUUCAAUCUGUCGGAGAAUAUGCCAAGGCUGAAGAAUAUCUUCAUAAAGCACUUACCAUCAACACAGAAAUUGGCGACAGAAACGGAGAAGCGACAUCCUACGGAAACCUAGGAGCUGUGUUUCAAUCUGUCGGAGAGUAUGCCAAGGCUGAAGAAUAUCUUCAUAAAGCACUUACCAUCAACACAGAAAUUGGUGACAGAAAGGGAGGAGCGACAUGCUACGGAAACCUAGGAGCUGUGUUUCAAUCUGUCGGAGAAUAUGCCAAGGCUGAAGAAUAUCUUCAUAAAGCACUUACCAUCAACACAGAAAUUGGCGACAGAAAGGGAGAAGCGACAUGCUACGGAAACCUAGGAGCUGUGUUUCAAUCUAUCGGAGAAUAUGCCAAGGCUGAAGAAUAUCUUCAUAAAGCACUUACCAUCAACACAGAAAUUGGCGACAGAAAGGGAGAAGCGACAUGCUACGGAAACCUAGGAGUUGUUUUUCAAUCUGUCGGAGAAUAUGCCAAGGCUGAAGAAUAUCUUCAUAAAGCACUUACCAUCAACACAGAAAUUGGCGACAGAAAGGGAGAAGCGACAUGCUACGGAAACCUAGGAAAUGUGUUUGAAUCUGUCGGAGAAUAUGCCAAGGCUGAAGAAUAUCUUCAUAAAGCACUUACCAUCAACACAGAAAUUGGCGACAGAGUGGGAGAAGCGUCAUGCUACGGAAACCUAGGAAAUGUGUUUGAAUCUGUCGGAGAAUAUGCCAAGGCUGAAGAAUAUCUUCAUAAAGCACUUACCAUCAACACAGAAAUUGGCAACAGAAACGGAGAAGCGGCAUGCUACGGAAACCUAGGAAAAGUGUUUGAAUCUGUCGGAGAAUAUGCCAAGGCUGAAGAAUAUCUUCAUAAAGCACUUACCAUCACGACAGAAAUUGGCGACAGAAACGGAGAAGCGACAUGCUACGAAAACCUCGGAGCUCUGUUUGUACAUGUACGAGAAUAUGGCAAGGCUGAAGAAAAUCUUCAUACAGCACUUACCACCAACACAGAAAUUGGCGACAAAGACGGAGAAGCGUCUCGCUACCUAAAGCUAGGAAACACAUCUCAAGCCUUAUCGGAUCUCUGGUCAAGCAUUCAAAUUUACGAAAAAAUGCUUACUUCUCUAGGAAGCAAAGAUAGCCACAAUAUAUAUUAUUUUUUGACAAGAACGCGUCUCCCUAUCGGCUGUUUUGUUCAUUGAGUUGUUCUUGUGGGAAACCCUAUGAAGCUUUACACGCUGCUGAACUUGGACGGGCCAGAGCUCUAGCAGAACUUAUGUCAAAUCGCUACUCCAUUGAAAAAGAAAUAUCCAUCAACCCACAAUCGUUUGUUGGCAUCGCGGAAGUAAUUAAGAAAAAUGGCAACAGCACCUGCCUCUACAUCUCCUAUGACUACGAUGACAAUAUAUUUUUGUGGGUUUUGAAACAAAACAAACCGGUAGCUUUCCGAAGAACGAAACUUUGUGAAAGCUAUGUUAGCAAGCAUGGCAAAAUCUCUGUGUAUGACCUGUUUGGAAACGAAAACUUAUUAAGAAAAUUUCACGUUUUACCUCAAGAGCAAUGCGAAGACCGAUCACUCUUCUCUUCAUUCGCCAACCAACUUACAAACGAAUCAAAUCUGGAAGAUAGUCUCUCAACCUUGCGUCCUCUUUUAGAUGAGGAAGAAGUAUACACGGACCCUGAACCGCCAACACUUUUUCAGGUUUACAACAUGUUGAUUGCUCCCGUGAGUGACUUGCUAGAAGGAUCCAGUGAAAUCAUUGUUGUUCCUGAUCGCUGCUUCUUCCAAGUUCCGUUUGCAGCAUUACACGAUGCAAGUAGCCGCUAUUUAUCAGAUUCUUUCAGGAUACGAAUUGUCCCUUCUUUGACGACUCUCAAGCUCAUUCUGGACAGUCCAGCCGACUCUCACAGCGAAACUGGUGCUUUGAUUGUGGGUGAGCCAAGAGUGACGGAUGUGUAUUUCAAGGGAGUGUUAAGGUAUCUCUGUCCAUUGCCUGGCGCGAAAGGGGAAGCAGAGAUGAUUGCGAGACUACUACCUGAAUCUCACCUUUUAAUAGGAGAGCAAGCAACAAAGCAGGCGGUUCUUCAGAGAAUACCCUCAGUGAGCCUCGUACAUUUCGCUGCUCAUGGUGAUUCCGAAAGAGGAGAAAUUGCUCUUACCUCCGCUGACUCCACAGUGGAGUUUCCACACGAAGCAGACUACUUACUGUCAAUGACCGACAUUUCACAAGUUAGACUGUCAGCCAAACUCGUGGUCCUUAGUUGUUGCCAUACCGCACGUGGACAGAUCAAAACAGAAGGCGUUGUUGGAAUCGCUCGAGCAUUC